UUAGUGUCACAUUUGAAGAUGGGCACUGAGAAUAAGGAACCAACUGAAAAGUAUGAAAAUGUGGGAGACACAGAAUCUAAGUGGCUCAAAGUGGAAAGUCUUCACAAGGAUCCUGUGCAGGAAUCUGAGGUUGGUGAGACAAGUGAUAACAGAGUGGAGAAUCAAUGGGAAAAGCCUGCAGGAAACAGGAUGAAGGAUGACAAUGGUGGCAUCAGGGAAAUAGUUGGAAAAGCCAAGAACAUGGCAAACAUAAAGACGGAGCAGGGAGAUGAGGUGUCUGAGAACAGCUCACAGGUGAGCCCAAAACAUGUCACACCCCAGACUGUUCUUGCAGAGCAGAAAAGCAGUGAACAAGGCAAAUGUGUGGAGAACGUUAAUGGAAAUUCUCACACUGGUCUGCAUGAGAAAACUGGUGCUGUUAAGAAAUCACAUAAAUGUGAUGAGUGUGGGAAAUCCUUCAAAUAUAAUUCCCGUCUUGUUCAACAUAAAAUUAUGCACACAGGCGAAAAACGCUAUGAGUGUGAUGACUGUGGAGGGACCUUCCGGAGCAGCUCGAGCCUUCGGGUCCACAAGCGGAUCCAUACUGGAGAAAAGCCGUACAAGUGUGAGGAAUGUGGGAAAGCAUACAUGUCCUACUCCAGCCUUAUAAACCAUAAAAGCACCCAUUCUGGGGAGAAGAACUGUAAGUGUGAUGAGUGUGGAAAAUCCUUCAAUUAUAGCUCUGUUCUGGACCAGCACAAAAGAAUCCACACUGGGGAGAAGCCCUAUGAAUGUGGUGAGUGUGGGAAGGCCUUCCGGAACAGCUCUGGGCUCAGAGUCCACAAACGGAUCCACACAGGGGAGAAACCCUAUGAAUGUGACAUUUGUGGGAAAACCUUCAGUAACAGCUCUGGCCUCAGGGUCCAUAAACGGAUCCAUACUGGUGAGAAGCCCUAUGAAUGUGAUGAGUGUGGAAAGGCCUUCAUUACUUGUAGAACGCUUCUCAAUCAUAAAAGUAUCCACUUUGGAGAUAAACCCUAUAAAUGUGAUGAGUGUGAGAAAUCUUUUAACUAUAGCUCUCUUCUCAUUCAGCACAAAGUCAUCCACACUGGAGAGAAACCUUACGAAUGUGAUGAAUGUGGGAAGGCUUUUAGGAACAGCUCAGGCCUCAUAGUCCAUAAACGGAUUCACACAGGAGAGAAACCUUACAAGUGCGAUGUGUGUGGCAAGGCGUUCAGCUAUAGCUCAGGCCUUGCAGUCCAUAAAAGCAUUCACCCUGGGAAGAAAGCCCAUGAAUGUAAGGAGUGUGGGAAAUCUUUUAGUUAUAACUCACUCCUCCUUCAGCAUAGAACUAUUCACACUGGAGAGAGACCUUAUGUAUGUGACGUAUGUGGGAAAACUUUCAGAAACAAUGCAGGCCUCAAAGUUCACCGGAGGCUCCAUACUGGGGAAAAACCAUACAAGUGUGAUGUGUGUGGGAAAGCCUAUAUCUCACGCUCUAGCCUUAAAAAUCACAAAGGAAUCCAUCUUGGGGAGAAGCCCUAUAAAUGUAGCUAUUGUGAAAAAUCCUUUAACUAUAGCUCUGCUCUUGAGCAGCAUAAAAGAAUUCAUACAAGGGAAAAACCUUUUGGCUGUGAUGUGUGUGGAAAAGCUUUCAGAAAUAAUUCUGGCCUUAAAGUACAUAAACGAAUCCAUACUGGAGAGAGACCUUACAAAUGUGAAGAAUGUGGCAAAUCCUACAUCUCACUCUCAAGCCUUAUAAAUCAUAAAAGUGUACACCCUGGGGAGAAGCCCUUUAAGUGUGAUGAGUGUGAGAAAGCUUUCAUUACAUACCGAACUCUUAUAAACCACAAAAGAGUUCAUCUUGGAGAGAAGCCCUACAAAUGUGAUGUAUGUGAGAAAUCUUUUAAUUACACCUCACUCCUUUCUCAACACAAAAGGGUCCACACUAGAGAGAAGCCCUAUGAAUGUGAUAGGUGUGAGAAGGUCUUCAGAAACAACUCAAGCCUUAAAGUUCAUAAAAGAAUUCAUACUGGGGAGAAGCCCUACGAAUGUGAUGUGUGUGGAAAAGCUUAUAUCUCGCAUUCAAGCCUUAUUAACCAUAAAAGUACCCACCCUGGCAAGACACCCUAUACGUGUGAUGAAUGUGGAAAAGCUUUUUUCUCAAGCAGAACUCUUAUAAGCCAUAAAAGAGUCCAUCUUGGGGAGAAACCUUUCAAGUGUGUCGAAUGUGGGAAAUCUUUCAGUUACAGCUCUCUCCUUUCACAACACAAGAGGAUCCACACGGGGGAGAAACCCUAUGUAUGUGAUAGGUGUGGAAAGGCAUUCAGGAACAGCUCAGGCCUCACAGUGCAUAAAAGGAUCCACACAGAUGUGCUGGAGAUUACUUCAGGAAAAGCUGGUGAGAGCCAGGCUUCCACCAUCUUAACCAUGGCUGUCUUGGGAGAUAAUGAAGAUGAGAGCAAAAAUUAAUGAAACAGGAAGCAACACAAUAAAGAAGACUAACAAAGUCAAGGUUGGUACUUUGAAAAUUGAUAAACCUCUGAUGUGAUUGGCCAAGAUAAAACAGCACAAGUAAUCAAAGUUGGGUAUGAAAAUUGAGAGAUCAUAACAGAUCCCAUGGGUAGAGGUUUAUUUUUUAAGUUCCAAACAUGCAAAUUUCCUAGUUAUAUUUUUGUUAUUAUAUUGUGGUCAGAAAU